AUUGGCGGAUUCCAGCGCCGAGGAGGCCCCGGGGACACAGCGCCAGCCCGCAGCCCUCUGCCAUGUUCGCCUGCGUGAAGCUCGCCUCCUCCCCGGCCCUGAUCCGUGCAGGAUCAAGAGUCUUGUACAGACCAAUUUCCGCAUCAGUGUUGUCUAGGCCAGAGGUCAGGACUGGAGAGGGCAGCUCAACACUUAAUGGAGCCCAGAAUGCUGUCUUCCAAGUAGCACUUAGAGAGUUCCAGACCAGUGCUGUCAGCAGGGACAUUGACACUGCUGCCAAAUUUAUUGGUGCUGGCGCUGCCACAGUAGGAGUGGCUGGUUCUGGUGCUGGUAUCGGAACCGUCUUUGGUAGUCUAAUCAUUGGUUAUGCCAGAAAUCCCUCUUUGAAGCAGCAGCUGUUUUCAUAUGCUAUCUUGGGAUUCGCCCUGUCUGAAGCUAUGGGUCUCUUUUGUCUGAUGGUUGCUUUCUUGAUCCUGUUUGCAAUGUGAAGAGAUCUGCUGCUCAUAAUGUUAGCGUUAGUAAACUACAAAUGUAAUUGUAUGUAUUUUACUGAGGCUCCCAAAAUG